AGUGGCCAGGCAGGGAGGGGCCUCGGCCGGGCAGUCCAGCUGCACUUCUGCAGGGCCCUGCAAACCAGCCGGCCAGCUGCCUGCCCGAGAGUCUCCACAGCCCCGCCGUGGUAUAAAGAGAGGUGCGGAAGGGAAGCGAGUCCCCGGCAGCCACCAUGAAAGGACUGAGGCUCUUGUGUUGCUGUGUGGCCGUGGCCCCGAUCCUCCUCCUCGGGACUGCAGAGCUGCAAGUCUCUGCCCCGGAUGGCCCCGAAGACCCUGCCAGCUUUGCCGAGGGCGGCUUGCUGCCUGGAGACCCAAGUCUGGUGGAGAAGGAGGAGCUGCUCUAUGGAGGCACAGCCAGACCUCCCGGGGAGGGCAUCCCCCUCCAGCGCCUCCAGAGGCAGGAGGGCCACUCCAGCAGCGGAGGCCCUCCCACCGGCGGGUCCAGCCGGGCAGGUGCUCAUCUGGAUGCGGAGGCUGUUGGGCUAGAAGAGCAGGAUGCAGCCCUUGGCGUGGAACCAGAGGGAAGCCCUGGAGGAGGGCAAGGAGAGGGCCCAGAAGAGCCAGCAAAAAUCUCGGUGGUCGACACAGAGGCGCUGUCGCCUGGAGAGGAGACGCCAGAAGAGGCCGAGAAGAACAAGCAGGGCCUUUCCGGGGGAGAAGGCAGAGACGCGGCCUCCGGAGGCAGAACAGGGCCCUCUAGGAGCCUUCUCCACUCCCCAGAGGCCAGAGAGGAAUUGUCUCUUCCAGUGGCCAAUAUCACGCCAGUUGCUGACUCAGGCGAAGAAGCCGGAGGCCUCCAUGACAGCGCCCCUGUGGGGGCACCAGAUCUGCAUGAGUCUGAAGAGGAAGGGGAGCCUCAGGGAGCAGGAGGAGAAGAUCCUGGAGAGGAAGACAGUGCCAGCCCAGAAGAAGAAGAAGAAGAAGAAGAAGAAGAAGAAGAAGAAGAAGAAGAAGAAGAAGAAGAAGAAGAGAUGGAGCGAGGGGAGGCCGAUGGUCUCGGGUCACUCGAGAAGGAAGAGGUGGAGGAUUCCGAGGAGGAAGAAGAUUCCGAGGAGGAAGAAGAUUCUGAAGAAGAGGAGGAGGAGGCCACAGAGGCAAGGGAGGCGGGCGGAGAAGACUCGGGUGGCCAGCCAGCAGAAGCAGAAGCAGAGGAUGCCACCUUGGCAGGAGAAGAGAUUUCUCGCAAAGUGGGAGAAGAUACUGUCCAUGAAGACAGAGACGGUGCUGGAGAGGAUUCCAGAGAGGAAGAAUCUGAAGACGGGAAAGAGGAGGCUGGCUUGGGGAAAGGCGUGACGGAGGCGGCGGCGGCAAGGGGAGACACCCCCGGAGAUGUCACACACGAAGAUGCCCUGGGCCAAGGCGAGGACCCGCCCUCGGAGUCGGACCGUGCCAGCCCUGCUCCGGCUGCAGACAUGACAACGGAGCCCUCCAGCCCAGCAGGCCACAGCAACCCCCCGGCAGCCGAGGCCGCUGUGCAGCUGACCCAGAGAGAAGAAGUCAACGAUGCUGGGGAGGCUGCCACGGCCAGGGACCGCUCCCACAUCGAGAGCACCUUGAAGCUGAAGGAGGAGAAGCCUGCGGACGACUACUCAGGUAGUAUACUGCAGCGGUUGAGGAAGAUCUACCACACAUCCAUCAAGCCUUUGGAGCAGUCCUACAAGUACAAUGAACUGCGUCAGCACGAAAUCACCGCUUACCCAGGACGCACCUUGGGCUCCUCAGCCACAGAUGGAGAGAUCACUUCCAAGCCGAUGGUACUAUUCCUGGGACCGUGGAGUGUUGGCAAAUCCACCAUGAUCAACUACCUCUUGGGGUUGGACAACACCCCCUACCAGCUCUACACAGGGGCCGAACCCACCACCUCUGAGUUCACAGUCAUCAUGCACGGCCCCAAACUGAAGACCAUUGAAGGGAUAGUGAUGGCUGCAGAUAGCACCCGCUCCUUCUCGCCCUUGGAGAAGUUUGGUCAGAACUUCCUGGAGAAGCUGAUUGGGUUUGAGGUCCCACACAAACUCUUGGAGAGGGUCACCUUCGUGGAUACCCCUGGGAUCAUUGAGAACCGGAAACAGCAAGAACGAGGCUACCCGUUCAAUGACGUCUGCCAGUGGUUCAUCGACAGAGCGGACCUGAUCUUUGUCGUGUUUGACCCCACAAAGCUGGAUGUGGGCCUGGAGCUGGAGAUGCUCUUCCGGCAGCUGAAGGGCCGUGAGUCUCAGAUCCGGAUCAUUCUGAACAAAGCGGACAGCCUGGCUACCCAGGAGCUCAUGCGAGUGUACGGGGCCUUAUUCUGGAGCCUGGCUCCGCUCAUCAAUGUCACGGAGCCCCCUCGGGUCUACGUCAGCUCCUUCUGGCCCCUGGAUUACCAGCCUGACACCCACCGGGAGCUCUUCCUGAAAGAAGAGAUCUCCCUCCUGGAAGACCUGAACCAGGUGAUCGAGAACCGGCUGGAGAACAAGAUCGCCUUCAUCCGGCAGCACGCCAUCCGGGUCCGCAUCCACGCGCUGCUGGUGGACCGUUACCUGCAAACCUACAAGGAUAAGAUGACCUUCUUCAGCGACGGGGAGCUGGUGUUCAAGGACAUUGUGGAGGACCCGGACAAGUUCUACAUCUUCAAGACCAUCCUGGCCAAGACCAACGUCAGCAAGUUCGACCUGCCCAACCGCGAGGCUUACAAGGACUUCUUUGGGAUCAACCCCAUCAGCACCUUCAAGCUGCUUGCUCAGCAGUGCUCCUACAUGGGGGGGUGUUUCCUGGAGAAGAUCGAGCGGGCCAUCACCCACGAGCUGCCGGAUCUCCUGGGGAGCAUCGGCCUGGGGAAGAAGCCCAGCGUCCUCUCCUGCGAUACGACCGGCUGCGGCGAGACCCCAAAGAACCGUUACAAGAAACAUUAACCGGCUGUCCAGCUUCGCCGCGCUCCCGUGUUCCUGUUGGUGAAUGAGCUUAGGUCUUAUCUGUCCAAGAAGCCCAGGUUUGUUAACCCUUCGAGUGCCACGCUGGCAAGAGCUUACACACAAGGGGACUUGGCGUCACUGGCAGCAACGGCAGGGAGGUUGGUUGGGCCGAGGGAAGCGAAUAAAACACUGUGAAUUCCUGACUUUUAUUAUCUAAUCAUUGUUGUUUGAACGAAGAGGCCAUGUCUAAAGCUGUAAGUCAAAGGGAGGGCUGUGUCCGGAGAGGAGCCUGCUGGGGGCCUUGUGCAGGUUGAGCACACAGGAUGGAGGGGGAGCAGGACGGGAAGCAGGCGAGAGUGUGGAGAGAGGCGGGAAGAGGCUGGCCAGCCCACAUAGUGAGUGGCACAGGCAUCGCCCCUCCAGUGGCGGGCUGUUCCUGCAGUGUCCUGGCCGCGGUCCAUGGGGUUGAGGACCAUAGCAUCCUUCACAGGCACCCAUGCUUUCUUCCUGGGAUUUGGAGGCCACCACCGGCACCCACUUCUCAGAGGCAAGCCCUUGCCUCAGCUGCCCCUCCGCAUUGCCCUGGGCACCCACUGUCCCUGCCCCAGAAAGGAAGAGGCCAGCCCAGCCUGCCUUCCGUCUCAGCCCAGGCCAGUCAAUCUGUCCACACAAUGCUUCCCCCCCCCUUGGCAGCCUAACUCGGAAAGAGAAGUCCCCUGGCACAGGUAGGGGCCCAAGCAGCUCCAGGGGAUGCCACUUGAACCCUGGCCUUGGGGGGUUCCUGUAUGGGGUGGAGGGCGGCUUGUGUGCGGCUGUGGAGAGAGGAACCUGCCAGUUCAAGUCUGGCAUAGGAACAUAGGAAGCUGCCACAUGCUGAGUCAGACCAUUGGUCUAUCUAGCUCAGUAUUGUCUUCACAGACUGGCAGCGGCUUCUCCAAGGUUGCAGGCAGGAGUCUCUCUGAGCCCUAUCUUGGCGAUGCUGCCAGGGAGGGAACUUGGCACCUCAGAUGCUCUUCCCAGAGUGGCUCCAUCCCUUAAGGGGAAUAUCUUCCAGUGCUCACACAUGGAGUCUCCCAUUCAAAUGCAAUCCAGAAUGGACCCUGCUUAGCUAAGGGGACAAGUCAUGCUUGCUACCACAAGGCCAGCUCUCCUCAUGGGGAGCAGCACCUCCUCCAUCAGGACUUGGCCUGGAGUUGUGAGUAGAGUCGGCCGUCUCUGCCUCCACACACCCCGUUGGCCCUGCUCUUCCAGGCUUCUUGCUGCAGGCUGGGACCUGGGCUGUCUCUGCCUGACUCCCAGAGGCCACAUUUAACCUAUGUUUGCUGUUGUGUAGCUGACACCCUGCACCCACCACCUGGGCUUUGUGGCCAGCUUUAGAAUGGCCGGAAUGGAGGCCAGCUUCUGUGUGUGUGGCAAGAGAGGGGCAGCCCACUUGCCUAGGAUAGUGCGGACUGCAGAUGCAAAAGGUGGGGGGGGCCCUUUGGCAGUGGUGUGUGUGUCUGUGUGUGUGUGUGUGUGUGUGUGUGUGUGUGUGUGUGUGUGUGUGAGAGAGAGAGAGAGAGAGAGAGAGAGAGAGAGAGAGAGAGAGAGAGACGGGGGGGUGUCCAGACCUUAGACUGGAUUGGGACACCUUCUGCCUGGGAAGGGGCCCAGUGGUCUCCACCAUUUCCCAAGCAGGGGCCACUUUGGCAAAACACCUUCAGUGUGAGAGCCAUUUCCCACUGUGCCGACCUCUGCACAGUCCUGCGCGGUUCUCAGUACUGGGACAGCCGCUACUCAAGAUCUCUCUGGGGAAAGUGCUGGGAAGGGCUACCCUCCAAGCACUCCGGGCACGCCUUCCAAGAUGGCGCGAGGGGCUCCAGAGGGCUGCGUUUCCCUUGAAGGAGCCCCCACUCCCCAAAGCACAGCUCUUCGUCGUGAGAAUGCUCGCCUCCCAGCGGGUACCAGGAGGACUGCGCAGAGCAUCCCACUGUGGCCAAAGCUUCACACAGGCCCAGUAAACCAUUAGCCAGGGAGUCACACUUAGGGUUCAGGGGGGCCACCAGUGCCCCUCCCCCGCAUGGGCCUUACAAUGGAGAACCCUUUUCUAGCCUGUUUUUGAAGGGUGGGCUUGUGGGCCCAGAAGCAGGAACGUCCCAGCAAGAUAGACUAUGUGAGCAUCCCAAGAGAGAGGGAAGUGAAGGUGACGUGCUGGUUUAGUGUGUGUGUUUUUUCUCUCUCUCGAGGGAGAGACUGAGAGGGACAAGAAGGGGUUUUUUUUGCAGAGAAGUUCAGGUGGUGCAUGAAAGGCCGGUGAGCGCCAACGCAGAGAAAAGAGCAGCUAGUGAAACUGAGCCUUGAAGCAUCAGUCUUGAAUAUUAAUCCAGGCGAUGGAGGGGAGCGUCGUUCUUUCCAAAUCCGGGUGCCUAAUUUGUAUAUGAUAUAAAUUGGCUUGGAAAUAAUUUUUGAGCAGUAUAGUUAGUGACUACACGUUUUGCUCCGUAAUUCCGCUUCUACCAAGGCUAGAGCUUAGCUUCUUCUUCUUUUUUUAAAUGAAAGCUGAAAUCCUGGUGGAUCUGGGUGGGCGAAGCAAUCUGGGCGAGAUGCUUAAAAUCCAGGCGAAACCCGGAAUUUCGGGGGGCAUGGCAACUGUGUGUGUGUGUGUGUGUGUGUGUGUGUGUGUGUGUGUGUGUGCGCGCGCGCGCACCGUAGACUGGCCGCCAGGAGUGGGAAGCAUAUGGGGCCAAGCCUUCUGCUGGGCAAGGCACUGUUGUUGGGGCAGAGGGAGAGAUUUGGGGUAUGGCUCACACAGGAAUGGGAACAGCUAAGCCAGCCAAGGAGAGGCAUCGUGGAAGCAUCAUCCAGACCAGAAUAAUGCAGAGAUGAGUCAGUGCACAGCAGCAAAGCUCCCAGCCUGUUCCAAAGUUGCAGCUGCAGCCGCCUCCUAUCUCUCCGCCCUGCUUUUUUGUUUCCUCCUCGCCUCCAUUCUUCUCUUGCAUAGGAGCUUCCUCCCUUUCUCCCCCUUUCUCCGGCUGCUUCCCACCCUGCAUUACGCCAUCCCAGGCAGAGGUGCACCUUGGUAAUUUUGGAGCCUGGACCUAGAGGCCUUUGGAGGCCUCCCCACUCUUGCAAAUUAAGCAUCAUUAUGCUCCAUCAGGCGUCCACACCAUCUGGGACAGCCUAAAGAGGAUUUGGGCCCCCCCGGGGCUGUGGAGGCUCUGGACUUCGGCCCAGAAUUCUAGGGGUAAGAGCGCCUCUGCUCCCAGGCAGUCUCUCUUUCUGUCAGUGAUCCUGCAUCUUGGUCUCCACAAAGAUGGAUCCAAGCAAAGAAGAGCCCUCACCCAGAGGUGCUCUUAGCCUCCACACCUGCUGCUCCCCCCCAAAUCCCCUUUAGUCCGUCCUGGGUGGUGUGGUUUGUGUCCUCAAGAACCUACGUGUUAAACAAUGAUGCUUAACUUGCUGGCGGCGGGGAGGUGGAGCUCCAAAGGCCUUUAGGUCCCGGCGCCAAAAUUACCGAGGUGCACCUCUGCCCUUGCCCCAAGUAGCCUCAACAUUGUCCGUAGGAGAAGCAGAGUGAUCCAGCAGCCGGGCCUCUUUCCUGACUACCUGUAUUCCCCCUCCUCUCCUCCUGCUGCUCUUGGGCACUAAUUUCCAGAGGUCUUUCUUGCUGCCUCUCCUUUGAUGCAGCAAUAUCCUGCAGGCCAUGUGCAGCCAGUGAGACUGGAUUGCUCCCUGCACGAUGUGCUCUGAAAAGGGGAACACAGCGGCCCCAUCGUGCACACUCCAUGGGCACAGAGGUCAUGUCUACAGCCGUAUCCUUGGGUGCUGAGAUGCAACAGAAGUGCCACCCACGUUUCAGGAGAGCAGAGACUCUGGGGCAGCCCACAGCAGCCUAGAAAGACAGGGACCCAGGGCACAUGGUUGGUUGGUUGGAGAUGCCAGCAGGGGGGCGGGGAGACUGCUUGGUAGUCUUGCUGGCCUAGAGCCAAAGGGGAGAAUUCUGCCCCUGUCCUCCUGGUUCCUGAGAACGGUGCCUUCCUAGGGUUGCCAGGCUCUGCUUUUGCCUUCCCUCCAUCACCUGCGUUCAGGUUCUCUUCUGAGCAGUGCUUGCUCCACAUUCACAUGGCCUGAUAAUCAACUGGCCUUCCAGAAACAGUGGAGGCUCCAGCAAGGAAGGCAACGAUGAUGACCUCUGUUGGGUCUGGCAUCGUCUACAGAGGGGAAUCCUUUGCCCCUGAGCAUGUGGCUGUUGUAGUCUGGAGUCCACCUGAACGGCCCUGUCUGAGAAGCUGCCAGGACAGCUGGUUCCUUGAACUCCCAGCCUGGCUUUUCUCAGACUGGGGGAUAUGCAUCCUUGUGGGCCACUGACCAGGGUCAGGGGGGAGCCUGCAUAUCUCUUCAUUUGGUGAAGCUACCAAACCCUCCGUCCACUCUUGUGUGCUUCUUUUGAACAAUUUUGGACAGAUACAUUUAAAGGAAUAACAUGGUUGUAAUAUAUGUCCAGCUAGCGGUUCACAGUAAUAAUCUGUAUUUGGAGAGACCAUGUGCAUCAGCCAUUCUAAUAAAUUCUGAUCUUUUCCAAUCCCA